AUGGUGACCCAAAGUCCUCAACUGAUUCCAGAGGUUGAGAUAAUGUUGAGACCUUUGAAGGUUUUCGAUGGUGUGCCGUAUGUGUCUUUCACGAAGGAGGAGAUAGAACGAUCUGCACAACCGUUUAAGUUUUCACUAGUUAUGAAGUUUAUGAGACAGAGGCCAUCGCUUGAUAUUAUUAGAGCUUUCAUUAGAAGUCGUUGGGGCUUGGAUUCAAAACCGGUGGUGUCUGCUAUGUUAAAGGCCAGGUCAGUGUUCGUCCGUUUUUCAAAUGAACUUGAUUUUAUCAAAGCUUUUUCAAGAGAAACUUGUGAUGUAGAAGGAGUGUCUUAUCAUAUUUUCCAAUGGUAUCCUGAGUUUGAUGAAGAAAAUGAGUCCCCUUUGGUACCGAUUUGGAUCACAUUACCAGGUCUCCCGCCAAACUUUUAUCAUGAAUCUUUUCUACGAAAUAUAACAAUGCCGUUGGGUCAGUAUAUUCUUCAGGACAAUAGCACACGAUGUGCAACUCGAACGGAUGGAGCACGAGUUUGUAUCAAAAUGGACGCCUCCAAAAAUCCGCUUGACUCGUUCUGGAUAGGCAUCCCUCACCAAGCUACUAGCCGGUUGCAAGAAGUGGUUUAUGAAACUCUUCCUACUUAUUGCUAUCGAUGCCGAAUGCAAGGCCAUAAUGUCUCUACUUGUAAAUGGGAAGGAGGUAUGAAGACGGAAGAGAGGUACCAAGGAGAAGGAGGAAGAGAGAAGAAAGUUUGGGUGAGAAAAGAGGCAAGGAAAUCAGCUGGGCAUCGGGAGCAGGACAGGGCUGAGAUAAGUAAACGUGUUGAAGUUGUUGAUCUAGAGGAGGGACUUUUGAAUAAAAAUGAUGAUAUUGGGGAGGAAACAGGGGAAUAA